AUGACGCUUCAAAGCUCGGCCACGACCGUCAGUCUGAGCGAGCCGAAAUCCGAGUCCAGCCGAUCUGACCUCAUCCAGAUGGUAGCUACCCCAACUGGCCAAGAUGCCACCCCCGGCGUCACCAUCAUCGAGGCACCGACCCAGACUGCAAAUGCUGCCCUCCGACCCAUCUGCCCUUGCCAGUGUGCCAAUCUGAUGGCCGCCAACUCGUCGACGAUGCUGAAAGAGGCAUCGGUGGCGAGGAUUGCUACUAGUCCGGCACUACUUGGAGCCGAACCUCUGCCCCCGGACCGGCAGCAACAGGGCAAACCCACACGCUCAGGCUAUAUCAGCGAAGGAGAAGGCUGCGUUGCUACCCGCGGCAGCGGAAGAACGCAUCCUGUUAGAGCUGGCGUCGGCUCUAGCCGGCGUAGCCUGAAUGCCUACCUCGACGGAGAAUAUCCCAGUCUGAUAGUCGCUGAGACAAAGCAGGGUCAGCCUUUAUGCCAAUUUCUUAGUUCGUAUACUGGAUGGUUGUACUCGGCAUUGUGUGAAAUAUAUCAUAAUGAAUCAAAAGAGUGUCCUGGACGACAAAAGUCCCCUCGCAUUUACAUCUAUUUUUAUGGAAAUGGAAUAUUUUAA